ACGAGGCGCGGCGUCUCUCGCGCGUCGUAUACAGCUUAACUGAAGCGCAAAAAAGCUGACUAGGAGUACGCUACGUUGUGAUCCAAACCGCUACGCCGGCUGCGCGCAUCGCUGCGCCGCGUAGACGCUCCCAAGCUACAAUCUCGCCGCCGCUGCGGCAUCGCUGCCGCCGCGGCGCGCGCCCUCACGCCGCCGCCGCGAGCGCAUAAAUAGACCAUGGCCGCUCUAGUGGACGACGCCGACCGCGAGAUGGCCGACGUGCCGAACUCGAUGAAGGGCCACCGGGCCUGCCUCCGGUGCGGCCUCGUGAAGUGUUUUGAUCAGUUUUAUGCGGAGGGCUGCGAGAACUGUCCCUUCCUCGAAUUGGCCGAGCGGCAGGACCGCGUCCAGAGCUGCACGACCUCCAAUUUUGAAGGGAUGGUCGCGAUGAUGAAGCCCGACGACUCCUGGGUCGCGCGCUGGGAGGGCAUCUCGCGAAAUUUGCCGGGCGUCUACGCCAUGCGGCUCGAGGGCGAGAUGCCGCCGCAGAUCAUGCAGUUUUUGAGGGACAAGCGUAUUAGCUGCAGAGCGACGGCGCCCGGCGAGGGGGGCUCGCAGAUACCCCCGCAAGGCUAAUAUUUGGAUUUUAC